AUGUCGAGGCUGCAAAAUUGGCCAAGGUAUAAUCAGUACCUCAAAGAGCCCUACGUCUGCUCGGACGAGGGUGGCUCUGACUGGGGCAUUUGCACUAAUGAGCGUCUCACUCAUAUCCAUCUUGGCCAAGGAGAAUCAGGGACGCCAUUGGAGACCUGUGCGGAACUUAGGUCGAAGGAAGAACAGAGGCAUCCCUUCAGAAUGGUGAUCUAUAAGAGAGUCUCGGUUGAGGGCCUGUGGAAGUGGAAGCUCUGCCAGCACCGUGUAAAUCUGGGAGCUGUGUCAGCUUGCACCCAAGGUAUUCCGAGAUACCUCUUCCGAUUUUGGCACGAUGACAGUGCCGGUGAAAAUGGUGAUGGACUCUUCAAGAGUGAACGUCAAAAACAAGACAUGUGCGCUGACCUAGAGCUCAUGACAGAAAGAGACAUUCAGGAAAGUCUCCUCAAGCAUAUGCACAGGGCAAAAGGCGCCUUUCAAAGCCCCUGGAUCUCACUCGCGACUUCCCCACUUUGGGUCUUUUCGGAAGCGCUGGCAGCUAAGCAGCGUGGAUGUCAAAAUAUCAGACUUGCCAUCAUCGACACAUGGAGGAUCGGCCCGGGCGCUUAUAUCUUCCAAGCCGAGGCGUUGCUCAGGGCCUACAAUGUCGCCCAAAGCCUACCUUUCUUCAAUAUGGGUGAGCCGAUGGUGUUGGUAUGGAAGGAAAUUCGGGCCCCAAUGACAGUGGUGCGCCUGGAAGGAUUUUUGCCGAGUGUUUUAGAGAACGGGCAUCGCAAACCCGGAUAUUUAAAAUUACAACCAUUCCAUCAUCAGCCGUUGGAUUCUGAAUUUUCCAAAACUCACAGCACCAAGAGGAAGAGAAGAGAAGAUGAGAGCGACAACAAGAGAUACGGCAGACGACGAAAACCACGCGAGAUUAGGGAGAAAUUACGUUUAACCAAGUCUACUUGUGAGGCUUUCCAGGAGGUAGCUCUGGAGCAAAAGGCUCCAUGGAGAUUCCAGUGGAGACAUCUUGCUGGCAGAAUGACCCAAGGGGAGCAGCGUGGCCGGAAGAUGGAAAAUCGUCGUGUCUCAAUCGCGGCGUACCAGCUGAACGAAUACGUUGAAUUUCUGAAGAGAGAAGUCCCCGCAGUCGAAUUUCAAUUCCCGUUGUUGAUUGCAAUGCUCUCGACUCGCACGAGAGAGCUGGAAUACGACUCUAUUGUCGACGCAAUCCAUGAAUGGGGCAGCGAAGAUCCAAUGGUUCGGGCUCACAAACGGUGCAUCGUUCGGGACAGGCCUUCGCCAGACCUCCCAGAGUUGACCGCCUUCGACAAACUGUUCAGAGACGUCAGUAAGAGACUCGGGAUUCCGGUCGACACGAACCCAGGCGUACGUAAGUUCUGGGUCCUGCAAUCUCCGCACACCAAGAUUCCCGAACCCCGAAAGGACAGUGAGAGAAUAUUGCACAUCGUCCAAGGUCAUGAGGCGCGGCACAUGAGACUCAAAGAGGAAGAGGAAGCACGGCGAAGAGAAGCCGAAAAGGCCAAUGCCAGACUGUGCAAGAGGCUGGAGGCAAAAGAAAGACGCGAGUUCCAAGUGUCUGAGUGCCUGCUGGCGCGAGUACUGAAGGAGCUAGACGACAGGCCCCGUGACAUCGGUUCCGCUCACAGUUCUGCCAGCCACGGCGACAUUCGACAAUGA